AUGGCGCAAGAAGCAGGUAGCGCGGACGGCCCCUCGGAAGUCGACGUCCUCAUAGUUGGAGCAGGCCCGGCAGGGCUCAUGAUGGCAAAUUGGAUGAGCCGAUGUGGUAUCAGGACGAGGAUCGUGGACAAACGAGGGACCAAGAUAUACAAUGGUCAGGCAGAUGGACUCCAGUGCCGUACACUGGAGAUAUUCGACAGUUUCGACUUUGGGCACCGUGCUUGGAUAGAAUCGAACCACAUGCUGGAGAUCUGUUUGUGGAAUCCCGACGCGAAGACAGGAAUCAUUCAUCGCUCCGACCGCAUCCCCGAUACCAUUCCCAAUAUUUCGAGAUUUCAGCAAGUCGUUCUACAUCAAGGUCGCAUCGAGCGGUUUUUCCUGGACUCUAUCUCGGAAAACUCCAAGAGGACGCUGAAAGAUGUCCCAGGCUGGGAGGAUGGCAUUAAAGUUGAACACGGCGUGCUCCCGACUUCUCUCGAAUUUGACGAGACCCUGGCUGAAAACACGGAUGCCUAUCCAAUCACUGUGAAGCUUCGGCAUCUGAGCGAGGAGGAGGCAACGCCCAAGCAGUCUGCUACAAGCCUGAACGGCUCCGGAUUGCAGGACGGGCUGUUUCGGAGCAACCUCUCCUCUGACGAUACCCAGGAACUGCUUGACAAGACGAAGCUACUGCAAGCAAAGGCAGGAAGGGAGGAAACGGUGAAGGCGAAGUAUAUGCUCGGCGCGGAUGGUGCCCACAGCUGGGUUAGAAAUCAACUCGGCUUCAAGCUCCAGGGAGAGAGUACUGAUUACAUUUGGGGAGUCCUUGACAUCGUACCUAUCACGGACUUUCCUGACAUCCGAAUGAGGUGCGCUAUCCACAGCGAGAGCAGUGGGAGCGUCAUGGUCAUCCCGAGAGAGAACAAGUUGGUACGAUUAUACAUCCAACUAACGACAACCGAGAAUGCCGGCGGUGGCCAGAAGGCGGACCGGAGCAAGAUCAACCCAGAGUCGAUCCUUGCAAGCGCCCAGAGAAUCUUGAGACCAUACAAGAUCACUUAUCGCUACUGCGAUUGGUGGACAGCGUACCAGAUUGGCCAGCGGGUAGGCGACAGCUUCAGUCUCAAGGAGCGAAUAUUCCUGGCAGGUGACGCCGUGCAUACUCACAGUCCGAAGGCUGGUCAAGGUAUGAACGUGAGCAUGCAGGACGCUUUCAACCUAGGCUGGAAAGUCGCGAGCGUCGUCAACGGCACCAGCAACCGCUCCAUCCUCAAGACCUACCAAUCGGAACGCCGCAGAAUAGCCCAAGACUUGAUCGACUUCGACCACCGGUUCUCGCGGCUCUUCUCCGGCCGACCUGCCAAAGACGUCCUCGACGAGGAAGGGAUCUCCAUGGACGAGUUCAAGCGCGCGUUCGAAAAGGGCAAUCUCUUUGCCAGCGGCGUGGCCGUCGACUAUGGCGCCAGCAUCGUUGUCGCCAAGUCCGGGGACAGCACGAAGCAAGGCGAUGGCACAGAAGUCCUCGGCGCGGAGAAGUUGCGGGUCAUCAGCAACCAGGGUCUGGCGGCGGAGAUCAAGGUUGGUAUGAGAAUGCCGUCCUUCAAAGUCCUCAACCAAGCCGAUGCACGACCGUGGCACUUCCAGGAAUUGCUGAAGAGCAACGGCACGUGGCGCGUCGUCGUCUUUGCAGGCAAUAUCAAGAUCCCAGACCAGAUGGCCAAAAUCAACAGGUUGGGCGAAAAGCUCUCCUCUUCAGCAUCCUUCUUGACCCGCUUCACGCCGCCCAACAAGCGGUACGACUCCGUCUUCGAACUCCUCUCGGUGCACUCGGCCCCUCGGCAGGAAGUCACCAUCUUCGACUUCCCGCCUGUCUUCCAUCCUUGGGACGACAAUGACGGCUGGGAUUACUGGAAGAUCUUUGUCGAUGAUGUCUCUUACCAUGAAGGGUAUGGCGACGCGUACAACAAUUACGGCGUCAACAAGGAGAAAGGCUGUGCUGUUAUUCUCCGGCCGGAUCAGUAUGUCAGUUGGGUCGGGGAGGUGGAUGACUACGAGAGCAUGGAAAAAUUCUUCAGUGGAUUCAUGGUUGAGCAGCCAGGUGGACGGGAUCGCGUGGGAGUGAAUGGGUGGGAGGGAAUGUCUCGCGAGAUCAAUAGCAUCGCAUUGCCAGCCACGGAUGAGGCUGUCGUAGGGACGGCUGCCGCGUGA